AUAAUAGAUAUGACAAAGAAUGAGAAGAAACAUAAACACUCACAUUGGAUUGAUAUGGCAUCUGGUUCAAUGUCAGGAGCACUGACUCGUGCUUUUGUCGCCCCGCUAGAUGUUAUAAAGAUAAGACUUCAGUUACAGAAUGCUCCGAGAAACACUGCCCGCAACACUCUACAGUAUCGUGGUGUUGUUCAGACGGCAUUAAAGAUAACUCACGAUGAAGGACUGCGAGCACUAUGGAAGGGCAAUCUGAUAGCCGAGGUGCUGUGGGUCAGCUACGCCGCGGCACAGUUCUCGCUCUACCACCACCUGCUGCGCAGUCUGGACGGCCCCAACUACACGCAGGCCGAGACGGACCACAAGCACUAUUCACCUCCGACGCCCGUGGCACUGGUUGCCGGUGGCGUGUCGGGUAUACUCGCAACGGCACUCUCCUAUCCCUUUGACACAGUGCGCACCAACAUCAUCUCUCAUCAUCAACACACGACCAUUCCCAAGGUGGCGCGGUCGAUCCUCGCCGCCGACGGCGUGGCUGGCUACUACAAAGGCCUGUCCUCGUCAUUGCUUCAGAUCAUCCCGCAGAUAUCCCUUCAGUUUGCCACGUAUGAAUGGUUCCGGCGCACCUAUGUACAUUUUAUCGCGCUACGACAUAAUCAAGAACGAACCGAGUUGGAGGUGUCGCAGGAUGCCCGCGGCCAACUGCUGUGUGGCGCAACAUCCGGUGCUGUUUCCAAGUUCAUCGUGUUGCCAUUCGAUGUGGUCAAGAAGCGACUGCAGGUGCAGCCCACCCAUGUGACCCUUGGCCAAUGUGUGAAGAGGAUGUACAGCGAAGAGGGUUGGCAAGCCUUCUACAAAGGUGGUGUGCCAUCCAUACUGAAGGCCGGUAUGGCCGCAUCACUCUCCUUUACAAUCUACGAACAGACCAAACAAUUAAUAGCCAACACAUUGUUGUACAUGGAUAACAAAGAUAAUAACGCCAAAGCCACUCAAUCAGAAUCACAGCCACCGCCAACAAACAAAUCC